UACCGGUAUGUCUUCUCCUUCAAGGCAUUCGGGCAGGACCAGGGAAAGCAACCCCGACUCUUCCUGCGUUUUUAUUGCAGAGAGUUCCAGUGCAACGGAGAUGCCACCUGCUUCAUUACCACGGAAAACACGUUUCAAGACGUUCAAAUCAGCUGUUAAUAAACACAGAAAUGUAUUGAUUGUAUCUGUCAUUUCCCACGUCAUCAUCAUCAUCAUUUUUAUCCUCACCGUCUGCCUGGUUUACUAUCAGGGAAGAUCAGUGCCAUCAAAUCACCAAAAGGAUGCAAUAAAUUGUCCACCUGUUACAUGUCCACCUGAUUGGAUUGGACAUCAGGGACACUGCUACAAAUUUUCAGUAGAGGAAAAGACCUGGAAUGAGAGCCAGAACUUCUGUAUUUUGCACAAUGCUUCCCUGGCCAAAAUUACAAAGGAGGAAAUGGAUUUUGUGACGAUGCUCACAAGAAACCAGGUCUUUUGGAUCGGACUCAAGGGAGAACCAGAUCAACCCUGGAAGUGGCUAGAUGGAGAACAUUCAACGUUGAAAGUCAUGGGAAACGGAGGGGACUGUGCGUUUUUGAACGAUGAUGCUACAGCCAGCUCUGGGAGAUGCAGCACUGAACACCGCUACAUUUGCAAAAAAAAUGAUCCUAAGAGAUCCUGAAAGAGAAUCCUAUCUCCCCUCCCCCCCCCAGAGUUCACUGGUAUUCUAUAGACGCUGAACAUUCCUGAUUGCUAAUAGGAUGUUUUGGUCCUUCUGGAUGACUUCCUGUACUGUAUAGUGACCAUGCGGAAAAAGCACCGGUGUUGUUUCGAGGAGUUUAUGACCUACUUUGAUUUCUCUUUCAUAUUAAGAAAAGUCUAGAAGUUCAGAGCUCAUUCUGAGCUAGCCUGCUUGUUUUUCACUCUUGCAGGCUGAACAAAGGAGAAGAGACAAGGGGGAGAGAUCUUCAGUUAAAUUUCAGAACUGAGAAAGUCUGACUUUUUACUUCCUUCUGGACUCGUGUGCCAGCCAAUUAAGAUCAGGUCUUGCUGUCUCCUGAUCAUAGCAGGGCCAUGAAGUCAUAGUGCCAAGUUUGGGUCAAAACUUUAGAGUCGUGUUGCUUGUGGAGAGCUUCUAAACAGAACCUAGCAUUAGUUAGCUGUUACUCUUGAUGAUCGAUGAGGUGACUCAUCUUGAAGAGAAUGAGGCAGUCUCAGAGACUGCUUUACUGCUGCUGCUUAUCUGUUGCUUUGCCUUUCAGUUUUUACCAGUAAUCUCGCCCUCUGUUUUGCAACAAGAGUCCAGCAUUGACUGCAGGGGCAUUAGAAGAGAGAAAGAAGGAGUGGGGAGAGAGAAGGGAGGGGAAGCUGAGCCUAGAAGACAGAAAAUUGAAGUUGGAGACACUUCUGCUUAUGGUAGUAAUAAGAAGGAAUCAGGAAAAGUAAGAUUACUGAGAGCAGGGGUGAAAUUCAGCAGGUUCUGGAGAACUGGUAGCGGAAAUUUUGAGUAGUUAGGAGAACCGGCAAAUACCACCUCUGGCUGGCCCCAGAGUGGGGUGGGAAUGGAGAUUUUGCAAUAUCCUUCCCCCUGGAGUGGGGAGGGAAUGGGGAUUUUGCAGUAUCCUUCCCCUGGAGUGGGGUGGGAAUGGAGAUUUUGCAGUAUCCUUCCCCUGCCACGCCCACCAAGCCACACCCACCAAACCGCUUCUCAAUCAUUGAAGAAGCUUCUUCAGAGCUGAAGAAGCUUCUUGGAUGACAAGCGAAACAUCUUCCAAGAUAACCAGACAGACCACUUGCCUCUUGAAAAAAAAGCACCUUUGGGACAAUUGAUCAAGUGGAGAAGAAAAAACCAAGUUGAGCUGUUAAUAUACUAAUAAGGGAGUGAAGCCGAGGUACGAAGGCUUCACUCAGGUCCGCCAUUACGGCAGGAAAAAUAGUUAAAUUUCAUUGGUUGAGCCAUCUGACAGCUCCCUAUAAAAGGGUGAGCUGUCAGACAGGCAAGUUGCUGGGUUGUACCAAUCUACUGAAUAAAGAA